GACUCUGUGUCCUCUCUGACCACCACCCCGACUCUUCUCUCGCACUUUGUGCCCGGAGCGCGGACAGAGGAGUUACCAAAGUCCCGGAGCCGCUCCAGAGAUGGUGACUUUACGCACGGGAUCUGAGGCAGUUUGAAGUGACUCCUCUGGUUUGGUCUCUAACUCUUCAUCCUCAUCUUCAUCAUCAACAUCGCCCUCAACACUCUCCAAGUUUGCCUCGGACACGCGGCGGAUGCCGAAGAAGUGAGUCCAGGUGACGUUCAUGAAUUUUAAAAUCAUCCACAAGUGAGAAGAGGGUGUCGGAGCUGAAGUCUCUCAUUUCUAAUGAUGUCUUCCAUGCGAGCAACGCCUCCCUUCCACCCACCGUCUGAGGAAGAGGAAGCGAUGGGUCAGGACAACGCGGCCUGGGCCGGUGACGAGCGAGAGGGCCCGAAGGAGACGCCAUCUCCCUCUUCUCAUGAGCGGCCCCACCCUGACGAGCUACAGCCAAUCAGAGAGAAGCUGACGGAGGCUGAGUGGGAGAACACGGCGCCUGCUGUGAUGGACAAUGAGAGCAGUAAAGGCUGCUCCGUCUACUCCUACCGGACUAACUCUACCUCUCCACCCAAGCCAGAGGAGUGUUCCAGGGAUCGCGGGGAGGCCAUGAGCGGCCUUGCCUUCGGGACGCCGGAGCGCCGUAAAGGAAGCCUGGCAGACGUGGUGGACACACUGAAACAGAAGAAACUGGUGGAGCUGACCAAGACAGAACAAGAUGAGCCGACCUGCAUGGAGAGGCUCCUCUCCAGGGACUGGAAGGAGCGCGUUGAUCGUCUGAACGCUAACGAGCUGCUGGGGGAGGUCAAAGGUACGCCGGAGUCACUGGAGGAGAAGGAGCACCAACUCUCCACCAUGAUCGGUCAGCUGAUCAGUCUUCGGGAGCAGCUCCUCUCCGCCCACGACGAGCAGAAAAAGAUGGCCGCCUCACAGCUGGAGAAGCAGAGACAACAGAUGGAGCUGGCCCGGCAGCAGCAGGAGCAGAUUGCCAGACAACAGCAGCAGCUCCUGCAGCAGCAGCACAAGAUCAACAUUCUCCAACAACAGAUCCAGGUCCAGGGUCACAUGCCUCCAAUGAUGAUCCCAGUGUUUCCUCACGACCAGCGGUCUCUGGCUGCCGCUGCCGCCGCACAGCAGGGCUUCCUCUUCCCACCGGGCAUGUCCUAUAAGCCAGGUGAGAAUUACCCCAUGCAGUUCAUUCCAUCCACAAUGGCAGCUGCAGCGGCGUCUGGACUCAGCCCGUUACAACUACAGCAGCUGUACGCCGCCCAGCUGGCAAGCAUGCAGAUCUCACCAGGAGCCAAGAUGGCUUCCCUCCCGCAGGCUCCCAACUCCUCCGGUCCCCUUUCCCCCUCCGCCCUGAAGAGCGAGAAGAGAGCGUCCAGUCCUGUUGCUCACAUUAAGGAGGAAGGAUCCACACAGCCACUGAACCUCUCAGCCAGACCCAAGACAGCCGAGCCUCUUCGCUCCCCAACGUCCCCGACGCAGAGUCUGUUCUCCGGAAACAAGAGCAGCCCCACAGGCAUCAGCAAGGGCCGCAUCCCCAGCCCCAUCUCCAACAUGGGCAGGAACUCCUCUCUGGACAUCCUGUCCAGCCUGAACUCCACGGCUCUGUUUGGGGACCAGGACGCGGUGAUGAAGGCCAUCCAGGAGGCAAGGAGCAUGAGGGAGCAGAUCCAGAGGGAGCAGCUCCACCAGCAGCAGCAGCAGCAGCAGCCGGGACACCACAGUCUGGAGGCCAAACUGUCGGCCCUCAGCGGCAUGAGCCUCAACAACGGCAACAAGGAGCGGCUGCACUACGAGACUCUGAGCCAGCACCUGGGGAAGCUUGGAGACGAUGCUGGGAAGAUGGUCCAUCGAGUCAUCGACCUGACGAGACCAGAAGAUCUGGAUGGAAGUAACAUCACGGAGGCGCGAGUGUUCAGGGAGGCGCGGGGCAGGAACAACGCCGAGCCUCACAUCAAGAGACCCAUGAAUGCCUUCAUGGUGUGGGCCAAAGACGAGAGGAGGAAGAUCCUGCAGACCUUCCCCGACAUGCACAACUCCAACAUCAGCAAGAUCCUCGGCUCUCGCUGGAAAUCCAUGACCAACCAGGAGAAGCAGCCGUACUACGAGGAGCAGGCCCGCCUGAGUAAAAUCCAUCUGGAGAAAUAUCCCAACUACAAGUACAAGCCGCGGCCCAAGAGAACCUGCAUCAUCGACGGCAAAAAGCUGCGUAUUGGAGAGUACAAGCAGAUGAUGAGGUCACGGCGUCAGGAGAUGAGGCAGUUCUUUGUCGGGCCUCAGCCACCGAUGCCUCUUGGCAGCAGCCCGGGCGGAGUGGGAGUUUACCCGGGCGCCAUUACCAUGGCAACGACAGCCACACCGUCCCCACACCUGACCUCAGACUGCUCCAGCAACUCAGCCAGCCCCGAACCCGCCAUCCCGGUCAUUCAGAGCACGUACGGGAUGAAGUCCGAGCCCGGCGGCGGAGGCAGCAAUGGUGGCGGGAUGGGAGCCUUGGAUCUGCCCAGCGACCCCACCAACGGAGACGACGACAUGGACAUGUACGAGGACUUUGAGGACGAGCCCAAGUCAGACUAUAGCAGCGACCACGAGCCACAGGAGGCCGUCAGCGCCAACUGAGCGCGCUCAGGGUGUCGGUUGUAAAAAGAGAAAAAACAAAACUCCUGUUCUACUCAGAGACACUUUUUAAAAUCACAGUUUAUUAUAGAGACCUUCAGGGCAUGUGGCAUCACGCACUGAGCAUGCCCAGACAGGAUUCACAUGCUCACUGAGUUCUCGGACAGUGGAUGGACGUCCAUUUGAAGAAGACGGCCGAUGGACAAAAUGUGACCCGAGAAAAACAAACUGACAGACAUUCAGACAUCCAGCUGACAACAAACUUCAGUUUCCUUCAACUCUGACAAUCUUAACAGGAGCUGAGAAGAGACGGAGACAGAAGAGACAGGAUGAGACAGGAUGAGACAGGAUGAGACAGGAUGAGACACAUGAGCGAGGAACACAUUGCUGUGUGGUUUGUAAAGAGCAUGCAUGGAUUUGAAGCAUCAGGAGUUGGUCUUCAACAGCUAUUUGGUCUUAAAUGUUUAAGGAGUGGUUUCGUUUUUAUCUUCAUGUAUUUACUUUUUUUGUGUUUUCUUUUUGUUCUGUUUUCCUCUGACAGGUCGCUGCCUGUACGAACUCUGGACUGUCGGAACUUGAAAUAUGAAAAGUUUUAAUAUAAAUCCUAGCUAUUGUAAUCUUAUAGUCUUACUUUUGUUUCUUACCAGUACACCAUGCAUCUCCAUCUUGUUUUCUGACAGACUGCUUACAUUACAUUACUGUUAGAGUUUUUUUAUAUCCCAGCUCAGGUAUGAUGUGCCAGCUUGUGAAUGUGUUUCUUUUUUUGUUUCGUUUUCAUACAGAAAGAGUGGUAGGUCUUUUCAGACUGUCGAUGAAAUAAAGGGAGCAAAAUCCCUUAUAUCACAUUAUUAUUAUUAGUAGUAGUAGUAGUGUUACUAUUAUUAGUAUUAUUACUAUUACUGAGUAGGUGUGUAAGGAAGCACGAACCCAGGCAUUGUACAGAUUUACUUCAAAUGUGCCAAACCUACAUUCACAUUCACUCGGGAUGUCGUAGUCUUAACUUCCAAUACUGCAAAAAAGUCUUAUACAAUCAGCUUUUUCUAUCUGAUGAUGAUGAUGAUGAUGAUGAUGGUGAUGAUGAUGAUGAUGAUGAUGAUGAUGAUGCUCCGACUCGGUAACUGCUGGCCCCCCUCCUGACCCGAUCACCAGCAGAGCUCAGUGAGGAUGUGAUGUCACACUUUGAUCUCUGACAGCUCCUCCAUGCUGAGAUCUGCUCCUCAGUUCCAUUCACUGCAUUGGUGCUUUUAUGAACCACAUUUCCCACAGUUCCUUGAGGCAAAACACUCGGCACAUUGUGCUGUAGGUUCAGGAGGGCACAACCAAACGCCGACCUUCAGUGUUUGAGUUUAUCCCUUCCAAUCUGGCCAAAGGUACAGACAUUUAUUUGGCUUCAUUUCUGCUGAGACACUUUAAGACUUAAACGUGUCCAGUCAGCAGCGGGCGGCGGGCAGAGGGGCGGGGUCUAGCAGCGCCACAGUUACCUGCUGUAGGAUGAGAGUUUCUAAUAUUCUGGAUCCCUUGGCUGUAUUUUGAAUUGUGUUUUGAAUUGGUACAAAAUGUUCCUAUUUUUAUUAUUAGUCUGUUCAUAUUUGUAAAUGUCUUCUGAGCAUCACGUGGGACAGAUUCACCAAACAUGUUUUAAGAAAGAAUUUAUUGAGCUGCAAAAAGAGGUCUGUUAUUUCAAAAAGGGUACGUUUUCUACAGCGCAUGUAUAUUUUGAAGACGAGUAAAUUAUUAGGAGAAGAAUGGAGGAAAAAAAGCUGCAGAGUUUUUCCACAGUCUGAACUGAGAUGUUCUCCUCUUGUGUCAGCGCGGCCUCGUGCUCAGUGCUGUGCACGCUUUUUCCUCUGUUUUACUCCAAUGUCACUUCUCUGACGACACACAGUAUAUUCUUUGUCUCUUUUCACCACACUCUGCAUUCUGAAUAUUUUCAGCACCUGGGACCUCGGGUGGUUUCUGUUCAGCUGUUUCACAUGUCUUCAUAUCUCUGACCAUACCUGGCAGUCUUUACUCAGAAAGCUUCACAAGCUGGGACUGAACUUUGGUUUUUACUCGCAUUGCAGGAAAAGAAAAAAAAAGCCUCAUGCAUAGACAUUUCUGUUGUUGUCAUCCUAAGCACUGGAUAUAAAUUCUAUGUUGUUUUUUUAAGUAUGGACUAAUGUGAAGAUGUUGUUUGAUUUUCAACAUGAUAAAUUAGAACAGUCAAAGUCACAUGUUUGGACUCAAUAGGACGCCUCGGACACGCCAGGCAAAAGUAAAAUGCCAUUUCUUUAGAAGCAUUUCAUUUACCGAAGCAAGUUUUGUUGCUGCAGCUCUCGUGCCGCCUGAAGGGGUCGCGUCACCUCUGAUCUCUUUAGACCUCAUGCUCUUGUCAGUUGUGACCUGCAGAAGUGGGACGUCAGUUUCCUGGUCACAUACAUUUUGUGAUGAGUAUUGUAUUUGAAAUUCAAUUGUGCGUUUUAACAUUUCAUUGUAUUUAUUAGCCAGCUUUGGCUCUAAAAAGUGUCAGUACAACUUGGUGAGAAAGACAAUCAAAAAAAAUAAAGAAAUAAAAAUUAAAAACUUGA